GGCAGAAAUUGAGCCUUUGUACCAUACAUUAUGUGUUAGGAUUGAAAAAUUUUCAUGUGUAGACUUGACACAAAUGUCAAGUGAAUUUUGAAUACCAUGUCCUUUCAAUAUUAUUUAAUCCAGCCACAGAAACGCUUCUUCAAAGCUCACUGUUCUUCUGCUCUUCCACAGAUCCCUUGAUCUGCUCCUUCUCACCCUCAUCUAGCCCCCACAAAUUAUCUUUACUCCCCAAGAGCUCCUUCCCCUCCCCGGGCUCCUUCCCUCGCAGAUCUUUAUUUGCAUUUCGUUUUCCACGCACCGUUUACUUUUGAGAAAAAUUUAAUUUUCCUUACAAUGGCUGCGAGGAAGCCUGGGCUAAUUGCUUUGUUCGAUGUGGAUGGGACUCUUACGGCUCCAAGAAAGGUGGCUACUGCAAAGAUGCUUGAGUUCAUGCAGGAACUUCGAAAGGUUGUUACAGUUGGUGUUGUUGGAGGAUCUGACCUUGUUAAGAUAUCAGAACAGCUCGGGAACACAGUUAUCAAUGACCAUGAUUAUGUGUUUUCUGAGAAUGGCCUUGUGGCUUACAAGGACGGCAAACUUAUCGGUACCCAGAGUUUGAAGUCAUUUCUAGGAGAAGAAAAAAUCAAGGAGUUUAUUAAUUUUACGCUUCAUUAUAUUGCUGACUUGGAUAUCCCAAUAAAAAGGGGAACAUUUAUAGAGUUCCGUAGUGGGAUGAUCAAUGUCUCACCAAUAGGGCGAAACUGCAGUCAGGAGGAAAGGGAUGAGUUUGAAAAAUAUGACAAGGUUCACAACAUACGCCCAAAAAUGGUAUCAGUGCUUCGUGAGAAGUUUGCGCACCUUAGCCUGACAUUUUCCAUAGGUGGACAAAUAAGCUUUGAUGUUUUCCCUCAAGGUUGGGACAAGACAUACUGCUUGAGAUUCCUCGAUGAUUUUCAUGAAAUCCACUUUAUUGGUGACAAAACUUACAAGGGAGGAAAUGACCAUGAAAUUUUUGAAUCAGAUCGAACUGUGGGCCAUACAGUGACCAGCCCCGAUGAUACAGUGAAGCUGUGCACAGAUCUUUUCCUAGCCAAGCAAAGUUGAAGGCCCUGGAAUUAGUUGCUGCUUUUUUUUUUCAUUGUUAUUUUUUCAACUGCAUUCAUAUUCGUAUUUUGUAUAAAUACGAAUGAAUGCAUAUCUGAAAUCAUAGUUUCAGCUUGUAUUGCCUCAAGGUUUGCAUUGAGUGUUUGAUGGGUAAUUAUAUUGCCAUUUUGUAUCAGGUAUUUCCGGAACAGUGGUGACUGGAAACACUAACUGAUACAGCAAUAAAACAAUUGAUCAUUUAUGUCAACAAUGAAUGCAUUGGUCUCGUACCAUUGUUUGACAGUGGCAAAA